AUGGCAUAUACAAAAGCCCACUACAUCAUCAUUUUGAUUAAUCUUUGCACCAUUGUUAUUGCUACAAGCAACAAUACAUUGAAUAGGCCAAAAUUCUCAUCAAUUCUAAUCUUUGGUGAUUCCACAGUGGACACAGGAAACAACAACUACAUCAAAACAUUAGGAAAAGCAAAUCAUUAUCCAUAUGGAAGAGAUUUCCCUGGUCAUGUUCCCACUGGAAGAUUCUCCAAUGGAAAAUUGGUUCCUGACUUCAUUGCUUCCAUUUUGAACAUCAAAGACACUGUCCCUCCUUUCUUGGACCCAAACCUCUCCAACGAAGAGCUCCUAACCGGUGUUAGCUUUGCCUCCGGCGGCUCGGGUUUCGAUGAGUUCACCGCGGUUUUGACCGGUGCCAUACCAAUGUCUAAGCAGAUUGAGCUCUUCAAAGCUUAUGUAGAAAAAAUCAAGUGCAUUGUUGGGGAAAAAGAAGCUAAAAGAAUAAUUGGAGAUGCUUUGGUCAUUAUUAGUGCAGGAACUAAUGAUUUCCUUUUCAACUUUUAUGACAUUCCCACUAGAAGAUCUGAGUUCAACAUUGAUGGAUACCAAGAUUUUAUACAAAACAAGCUUCAAAUCUUCAUCAAGGAACUAUACGAAGUUGGAUGCAGAAAAUUUUCUGUGACUGGGCUUUCAUGCAUUGGUUGCAUCCCCAUUCAAAUUACAGUCAAGUUUGUGAGUUUAAAGGAAAAGAAAUGUGUAGAGGAUGAGAAUUCAGAUGCUGAGAUCUACAAUAAAAAAUUGGCGAAGCAAUUACUUGUACUGCAAGAAAUGCUUCCAGGAAGCAGAGUUGUUUAUGCAAACAUAUAUGACCCAUUGAUCAACCUCAUUAGUCAACCUGAAAAAUACGGUUUCAAGGAAACCAAGAGAGGAUGUUGUGGGACUGGUUUAUUUGAAGUGACUCCAUUGUGUAACGAAAUCACGCCGGUAUGUGAUGACGCUUCAAAGUAUGUAUUUUGGGACAGUGUACAUCCAACAGAAGCAACCUACCAGUAUAUUGCUAAGUACUUAGAAAUGGAAGUUCUGCCCAAGUUCCAAUUUCAUAUGGAUUAUACUUUUGAAAAAGUGUAAAUGAUCUCACUGUAAACAUAUAUGUAGAUGAUUGAUAGGGCGUAAUAGCAUCGUUUAAUUCAUGAGUCUGACGAACUGUUGAAAUAAGCAAUUGGUCUGAAGACCUUGGUGAG